CUCUCCUCCUGGAGUUUGUGUGUUUGUGUGACUGUGCCCUCCUGAUCUGUUCUGUGUCACUUUGAUUGUGGAUUGAACUAAAAUAUGUCAAGUUAGGAUGCAACAAACAAAAAGUGAAACUGAAUGAUUUGAAUUAUUGAUUGGUUGGUUCAAAGAUUGGAGCACCUUUAAAGUCACAGAAACCCCCUCUGUGAUGGAUCCACAGACAGGAAGCUGCUGUGUGAACACCACAGGGUCAGAGGGUCAUGCUGAUGCUUUGCAAAACAUUCUUUGGAGUCUACAAAUGUUCAUAAACUCUCGGCCAUGCAGUGAAAAGUGUUCGCCCAUCACUGCUGCCUUUUCUCAUGCAGUGUGCAGGAAAGUGCAGGCAUGGGCUGCCUGGCUGAGGCCAUUGAGCUGCUCGCGGCGUGUCAAGUCAAAGUGCAAAUACUGGAGCAGUGCACAGCAGAUGAGGUCAAAUGAUUUAAGGAACAUGCAUGUUUCCACUGUAAGGGCAAAGACAGUUUGCUGUGCUGCGCAGGACAAAGGAAAGGUUGAAAACACGAACAGAAAGCACGUCAACUGCUCUGUUGUGUUCCUUAAAGGACAGUAAACUUUGACGUAUUUCCAUCAACAUUGAUGCUGUUGGUGGAGAAAAACCUACAUAAGAGAUGCUUACUGCUCUUUGACAAAGCCUACAGACGGACCACAGAAAGUCAGCAGGUGGUACAGGUUUAGGAACCCAGGUUGACUGAGAUGUUUGAGUUCAAAUGGAUGAACCAGGAUAGUGAAGCAAAAUGAAGGAAGAGUUGAAGUUAAAGCUUAAAGAAAGCCGUGGAUGAAUACUGAGGACACGGCACCAGAAGUGAAGGAGAGAGAGGGCCAGCUGCUGGCUCCAUCUGCCCCCCGCAGACAUCUGUCCAGCUCAGAGGGCUGAGCUGAGCGUUAAUCUGCUGUAUGUGAUGGUACGCGCCACACCAUGGUGUCUGUAAGCGCUCAAGUUCUGCAACUCAGCACAGAACCUACUAUUGACAUUGGAAACCAAGAGGCGAACAGGACAGGGUGUUAGAAGAGCCGGUAAAAGAGAAGGGAACCAUCAUCUACUUUCAGACAGUCUCUCAGCUUUGAAUGUUUGAGUGUCUAUGUGUCCUAGUUCAUGUCUGCCACACUAACCCGAAGCAGAACAAUCCAUCUAAUUCCGUGUGAAAAGCAUUGUAGCAACGUUCAGCCUGAUUUACUUUUUAAAAGUAAAUAUUUUCACUGUAAGCCUUUACGAAAAGAAAAAAAAAAGAAAAAAGACACGCCAUGAGCAAAAAGAUCAAACAGAUUCUUUUUUGUUGAGGUCCUUUAAGAAAGUCUCAAACGGUGGUCCUGCCACAGCCUGCUGCAUCUCUGCUUGUUCAAAAAGUCUUGUGUAGCCUUUUGUCUCUUUGGUUUGGGUCCAGUGCUGUUCGUAUUCUUACUUAGGUUUAUAGUUUUCUAUAUCAGUUUUUAGUUUUGACCUUCAGGGAUUAAUUAAAUGCUUAAAGAAAAAACUGUUUUUCUCAGCAGGUGAUAUUUUACUGAUGAAGUCAGCUUCCGUCAGCUGCAUCAGAGGAGCUGGCAGAAUAAGUACGGGAGCAGUGAUGAUGAGCGGGAAGCAGCAUCGAGCAACCAGAUGAGGAUCAGACAUCUCCUUCUUUCUGCUGAUUUUGUGUGCUAUUGUGUAACUGGGAUGAGGAUUAGUGGUAAUCCUGAAUAAAGCCUAUAGUUAGAGUUGAGAUAAAAAUGGAGCUCCUGACUCAGUCUUUCCACACCUCCGUUCUGUCUGCACGCUUGAAACAAGUUAUUUCAAAGUUCAAUAAAGGCCUGUGGAUUUGUGCCCAGAGAAAACCCGAGCAUGCACAGGGAGAACAUGCACCACCACAGCACCACCGUGCAGACCAGAAGAAGGGAAUCUCUCUGUGUCUGCAAGUCUGAACAUCCCAGUUAACAUAAUCCUGAGUAAAUUUAUUUAACAUUUAGAGGACGCCGGCGGCUUCCUAGCCGCCUCACACAGUGUGCAGCAGUGACCGUCAUCCGUGACCACGAGACAAAAUCAAGACAGCCAUUUCCUUCCAGCUUCAUGCCUUCUGCAGGGCCCCCUCACUGCCACAAGAAAUGAGCUUUGCAUGAGCUUGAACCCAUGUUUUACUGCAUUUAGUCAAACUCUGGUUCAGCUGGUUCUGCAGCGUCUCUCUGAACGUUCAGUGGCUGUUUUUUGUUGUUGUUUUUUUUGGAAAAGUUAGUAAUAACUUCUCUGGGAAGCAGUUCUCUCUUACUGAGAGGUGUCCUGGUGCUUUCUCUGUACAUAGGAGACAAAGCAAGUAAACAUUGAGGGCAAAGCGAAACAUGUAAAUUACAGAAAGGAUCAGGGCCUGUAAACCCACAGAUUAUCUUUAAUCUGUGCAAACAUUGCACUUCCCCUAAUCUUCCUCAUCAAGAUGCACUUUUUGGGUCACUAAAGCGUUGGAGUUUUCCUCCCUUAUAUUUGGUCUCAUUCUGCCCGUCUGAUGCGAGCGUUGAAUGGAAGAGAAUGCACAUGGAUCUGGAAGAGAUCUGAACGCGCUGCAGGGGAUUCCUGAGAUUAUGAAUCGUACGGAGCAGUUUGGGGAAAAGAAAAAAACAAACAAAAAAACAGCAGCAAUCUUGCAUCCUCCUGGUCGCACUUUCCAGUCUCUUCAUGGACUCAAGGGGAAGUCAGAAAAUAAAUGGGUUAUUUUGACCCCUUUUUUUUUUAGCUUUUUUAAACCAAAGUGUGAAGCUCCACAAGGGUUAAACACCGCUGGAAUCACCUGCCAUGUCCAUGUGAACCUUUCAGGUCAUUAUUUAUUCUCUUUUCAGGAAAUUUUCCCAGAUCUGCCACAUGCCCUCCUGAUGCUACAGCAGAGCUGAAGCUGGAGCCAUGAAUCUCAUGAGACAAAACCGUCUGCAGAGACUGAUCUGUGUUGCUCUCGUCAGCUUGGUUCUGGUUCUGCCUGGAUUCGUGGGCUCGGUCAGCAGCUGCCCGAGCGCCUGCACCUGCUAUGCUAACACAACCGACUGCUCUGCUGUUGGCCUUCAAACUCUGACCCCCAUCAUGGAGAUGCUGGGCCGAGAUGCCCUGUCUCUCCGACUUUCCCAAAACAACCUCUCAUCUUUGGGAAGGACCGACACUUUCAACCUGAGCGGCGUGGAGCUGCUGGAUCUCUCCCAGAACAACUUCCACAGCCUCCAGCCUGGAACCUUCUUGGGCUUUAGCAGUCUGCGUUGGUUAAAUCUUUCUUCUAACUACCUCGGUGUGCGUCUGGCAGGAUCAGACCUCAACACCAGCACAUUCACAGGUUUGAGCAGCAAGGUUUUCAUGGGGCUGUGGUCACUGCAGGGGCUCGACCUAUCUUCAAAUGGUUUCCAGUGGCUUCCGAAGGGCCUUCUGGAUGGACUGCAGAGGCUCACCUGGCUAUCGCUUGCCAGUAACCGCCUUGUGGCCCUGGAAAGGGCCCUUUUCGAGCCGCUUGUAUCGCUGCAGCAGCUCCAGCUGGUGGGGAACCCCUGGGAGUGUGACUGCAGGCUGAGGGACUUUAAGCACUGGAUGGAGUGGCUGCUUUACAGAGGUGGGCAGGUGGAUUUGAUGCAGUGCAGUCUCCCUGACGAUUUGAAGGGCAGGGACAUCCGCAGCGUGCCAGCAGAGAUGUUCGUCCACUGCCUGCAGGGUGCCAUCAAGGAGGGGGUCCGGCACACAGUCAGCCGGCCCCCCUGCCCACCUGGCAGGGUCACCAGCACAGAUGACUGUGUUCGGCAGCGCUACAGGCCUGUGAGUGUGCGCCGCGCCCAUGGCACGCAGAUAGUUGCGGGCGUGGUUUGUGGCACAGUGUGCAUCAUGAUGGUGGUUGCGGCAACAUACGGCUGUGUCUACGCCACGCUGAUGGCGCGGUACCAGAGGGAGAUGAAAAACCGCGGACAGCCUCUGAUGGCUGAGUCUGGAGCUGAGACCGACCAGGAGGAUGGGCAGAUGUCAUCUCCUGACACGCCCGAGGCCGCAUCCAAAGAGGCCGGUGGCAUCGUGCACGGCUAUCGAAUCAGCAGCUUCUGACGGCUGCCGCAGGGGGUCCCUGCAGCACCAGCACCUCAGGACCAGGACGGAAUUGUAGAGCUGAUAGAGCAGAGCAGACUCAGCAAAGCUGGAAUGCUGCAGCACUUGCUUUAAUGUAUGGAUGCUCUGUGAAUUGUUGUUCCCUGUUCUGCAAGCUAUUAAACUCCUCUGAAUCAGCAGUUGGGGAUUUCUGCACCUUCAGGCUCUGCCAAGGUUGAGUUUUCUCUGAGCAAUCUGACUGUGUUUAGUCCAGCCUGUCCUCCUAUGUGAGCUCAGUCCAGAAGCACUGGCUUGUUGCACAUGUUUGUUUUACCUGAUCAGCUGAAUGUUUGGUGGUUUUUUUUUAUGUUGAGUAGGUCUUUAUGUCCUUUUUCUGUAUAAAAGCAAACCUUGUCAAAGUUCUGCAGCACAUAAACUACAUCUAGGCGGAUAGCUGCUUCAAACACACAGGAGCUCUACUGCCACCUGGUGGUCAAGCUGUCACCAACAACAGCCAGUAGUAGCGUAGCUACAUCGCACAACUUCAAAAGAAGCACCUGAAAAUAUUUGCAAAGCACAAGGCAGUGAAGGAAUGAGUAUGGGUGAAAGCAUCCUCCAACAUGAUCUGUAACUUCUGAAAGAUUCAAGUCUGCUCAGAAGACUGUUAAACAUGCCCAGAAGAACAAAAUGUCGAAACUGCUGUCUA